GAUUCGAUUGAGCUUGGGGACAAAGGCAAGCCCUCCAGUUCCACUCAGUGGGACACACGUGGAAGAGACAACCAUCUCUCAAAGCAGUAUGGAUUAUAAAUCUAGCCUGAUUCCGGAUGGAAACGCCAUGGAGAACCUGGAGAAACAGCUGAUCUGCCCCAUCUGCCUGGAGAUGUUUACCAAGCCUGUGGUCAUCUUGCCCUGCCAGCACAAUCUCUGUCGGAAGUGUGCCAACGACAUCUUCCAGGCUGCAAAUCCCUACUGGACCAACCGAGGUGGCUCAGUGUCCAUGUCCGGAGGCCGUUUCCGCUGCCCCUCCUGCCGCCACGAGGUGAUCAUGGACCGGCACGGCGUGUAUGGCCUGCAGAGGAAUCUACUGGUGGAAAACAUCAUUGACAUCUACAAGCAGGAGUGCUCCAGUCGGCCCCUGCAGAAAGGCAGCCACCCGAUGUGCAAGGAACAUGAGGAUGAGAAAAUCAACAUCUACUGCCUCACAUGUGAGGUGCCUACUUGCUCCCUGUGCAAGGUGUUCGGAGCCCACCAGGCCUGUGAGGUAGCCCCGCUGCAAAACAUCUUCCAGGGACAGAAGACUGAACUGAGUAACUGCAUCUCCAUGCUGGUGGCAGGGAACGACCGAGUGCAGACUAUCAUCUCUCAGCUGGAGGACUCCUGCCGAGUGACAAAGGAAAACAGCCACCAGGUGAAGGAGGAGCUGAGCCAGAAGUUUGACGCCCUCUAUGCCAUCUUGGACGAGAAGAAGAGUGAGUUGCUGCAGCGGAUCACACAGGAACAGGAGGAGAAGCUGGGCUUCAUUGAGGCCCUGAUCCUCCAGUACCGAGAGCAACUGGAAAAGUCCACCAAGCUUGUAGAAACAGCCAUUCAGUCCCUAGACGAGCCUGGAGGGGCCACCUUUCUCUUGAGUGCCAAGCAACUCAUCAAGAGCAUUGUGGAAGCUUCCAAGGGCUGCCAGCUUGGGAAGACAGAGCAGGGCUUUGAAAGCAUGGACUACUUCACUCUGGAUUUAGAACACAUAGCAGAAGCCCUGAGGGCCAUCGACUUUGGGACAGAUGAGGAAGAGGAGGAAUUCAUUGACGAGGAGGAAGAUCAGGAAGAGGGCGUGUCCACAGAGGGGAAAGAAGGACACCAGUGAGGAGCUGGAUGAGCAGACACCCUCUGAGAGCAAAGACUGGGAUGGCGG